AUGCUGCAGUUCACCUGGGAGCUCUACCUCCUGCCUGUAGCAGCCUCUGCUCCUGUGACCUCUGACUCAGACAAGGACAACCUCACUGUCUUCACAGAAUUCCUCCUCAUGGACGUCGCAGGCUCCAGGGAGCUCCAGGUUCUGCAAGGGGUGCUGUUCUUACUGAUCUAUCUGGGAGCGUUGACAGGGAAUCUUGUGACUGUUGCAAUCAUUGUGACAGACACACGUCUGCACUCUCCCAUGUACUUUUUUAUAGGCAACGUGGCCCUCCUAGACCUCGGCACCAUCUCUGUUGUAGUUCCCAAGGCCGUAGUGAAUUCCCUGACAGGAAGCAAGAUGAUCUCCCUGACAGAAUGUGCUGCGCAGAUUUUCCUGUUUGUGGUGUUUGCAGCUGUGGAGAUUGCGUUCCUGGUGGUCAUGUCCUAUGACCGCUACGUGGCCAUCUGCCGCCCUCUGCACUACGGGCUCACCAUCACCCCUACUCUGUGCGCCCAGGCCGCAGCUGGCUCCUGGGCCUCUGGCCUGGUCUACUCCGCUAUGCACACAGGGGCUCUGUUCUGGCUGCCCUUCACCAAGACCAAUGUGAUCCAGCAGUAUUUCUGUGACAUCCCUCAAGUUCUGCGGAUUUCAUCUUCAGAAGUUCAGCUUUCUGAAUCUGUGCUCAUUGCUGUGAGCGUUUGCCUUGUCUUAGCAUGCUUUGUCUCUAUGCUUCUAUCCUACGCUAAUAUAUGUUCAACUGUGCUUAAGAUCCGUUCAGUGGAAGCCCGCAACAAAGCCGUAUCCACCUGCACCCCACAGCUGGCCAUCCUCCUUUUGUUUCUUAUUUCUGGGUCAGUGGCUGUCUUGGGUCCCACUGCAGAGCAGCCUUCCCUGAGGAACCUGCUGACUGCCAUGUUCUACACCAUGGCGCCCCCAUUCGUGAACCCCGUCAUCUACUGUCUACGCAACAGGGACAUCAACGCCGCCCUGGGCAGAAUGUUCAGCCGAUGCGCUCAGCUCCCUGUCAGGGCUUUUCUAGAAUAA